GCCGGCGGCGCGCAGGAUGCUGGGAGUUGAAGUCUAAGGCGGCGCCGGCUGCGGCCUCCUUCCGUGUAUCUCUGGGACGGGAAAGGCCGGGAAGAGACAACACGGGACGGGGGGAUCUGUCUCGCAUUUUUGUAGUUGAAGGAAGAUGAUGGAAGAGAGUGGCAUAGAGACGACUCCGCCCGGCACGCCCCCUCCGAGCGCAGCCGGGGACGCUGCUGCUGCUGCUGCCGCCGCGCCUGUCACCUUAGCUUUUUCCAGCCCCCUCGCCACACCAAGCAUGCCAUCUUCUCCUGCCUACUCACCCCCCUUGCCAGCUGGAGUGUCCCCAGCUCCUCCGCCCAUGAUGACCUCGGCCUCUCUUCCACUUGUGCCUUCUGCCACCGUUUCUACAAUUGCGCCUCCCCAGAGCCCUGUCCCACCCCCUGCUGCCCCUGCAGCCUUCAGCACCCCCGUGUCCCAGUUCUCUGCUGCUCCUCCUCUUCCUCCUCUGAGCUCUGCUGCUGGCCCUGGCCUUGCUGCACCUCCCACUGGUCCCCCCAUUUCAGGGUUUUCCAUUUCUUCCACCUAUGAUAUCACCAGAGGUCACGCUGGCCGAGCACCUCAGAGCCCACUGAUGCCUUCAUUCUCUGCACCUCCAGUCACAGGUGUUUUGGCAGAUCCCAUUACUCAACAGGCAACUUUCUCUUCAUCUUUGUCUCCUGGGGCUGGUUCUGCAAUCACUUUUCCCGAGGAGCAUGAAGAUCCCAGGGUAUCUACUGCCCAGAGUGCAGCACCUGCUGGAGGAAUCUGGGGGUUUAUAAAGGGUGUAGCUGAGAAUCCCAUGGUGAAGUCUGUUCUUGAUAAAACCAAGCAUUCAGUGGAGACCAUGAUCACAACGCUGGAUCCUGGCAUGGUUCCAUAUAUCAGAACUGGGGGAGAGCUGGACAUAGUGGUCACUUCCAAUAAAGAGGUGAAAGUUGCAGCAAUUCGGGAUGCUUUCCAAGAAGUCUUUGGGAUGGCUGUUGUGACUGGAGAGGCUGCACAGUCCAACAUUGCACCACAGCCUGUGGGCUAUGCUGCAGGCUUAAAGGGAGCCCAGGAGAGGAUAGACAGCCUGCGCCGGACAGGAGUCAUCCACGAGAAGCAGCCUGCUGUGUCAGUGGAAAACUUCAUCGAGGAGCUGCUUCCUGACAAGUGGUUUGACAUUGGAUGUCUGAUUAUUGAGGAUCCAAUUCAUGGAAUUCACCUGGAAGCAUUCACCCAAGCAACACCAGUGCCUUUGCAAUAUGUUCAGCAGGCCAAGAGCCUGACCCCUCAGGACUACAGCCUGAGGUGGUCGGGGCUGCUGGUGACGGUGGGCGAGGUGCUGGAGAAGAGCGUGCUGAACGCGAGCCGCACGGACUGGCACGCCGUGUUCACGGGCAUGUCCCGCCGCCAGAUGAUCUACAGCGCGGCCAAGGCCCUGGCAGGCAUGUACAAGCAGCAGCUGCCGCCCAGGACCGUGUGACAGCAGGGACACCCUCACGCCGGGAACGCGGGUUUGGUUCUCGUGGAAGCCCCGCGUUCCCGUGCUCAGCAACGCAAGAUUUGUGAUUUCGACUCUAAACCGUCUCUGCCUGUUGAGAAGUGAAGGUGAUUGCCAGGAGUGGAAGUGAGCAAUUGCAGUUUUUAGCUAAUGUGUGAUCUCCCAUAUGAUUCAUAAAACAAACGUGUAUUUAUGACUGCUACAGGCAGCAUUGCAGUUUUUUAACUGGAAUGUGCUGUGGUGUGACACCUUACCAGCCAUUUGCUGAGACAGUUAGUUAGUAUUCUUUCUAAAGGGGAUAUUUGUUUAGCUAUUUCUAUUAUAUUAGUAAUAUAAACAUGUUCACAGCAUAACAUGUACGUUAUAUAUGGAUUUCAAUCCUGAGAGAGUACCUUCUGUAUUACAUGUGGUUUUUGGGGCAUGUGUUUAGGGGAUACUUACCACCUCCUUGGGUUGGUGUCUGUAUGUAGUUCUCAGGAGUGAUGCCAAGUAGUGUCUACAGCACCUAAGAGUGAGCUGCUGAAGAAGAGCACAAAUCCAUGCCCUUGUUAGUUGAAGUCGUUGCUAAAUAAUUCUGAAUUUUCAUUUUCUAUGCUGCUUUUUAUGUAACAGUAAUUGAAUUCGUGGCCAGCUGAAGAACCACAGACACAAUUUCAAGUUGCUUCAGUGGGUUUUAGAUCAGGUACUGCUCUCCCCACAUGAAAUCAUCUCAGCAGUUUCAAUAACAUGAUUUACUCCAGUGCUUCCAGACAUCAUCUGUUAUAUGUAAUUAUGUAAUUUUUUUCUAUGUAUUUACAGUUGUCAGUAAUUUGAUUAUGGAAAACGGUCAUGUGUGUAUCACUUGCUUUGCUAUUCUGAGUUUUCUAAACACUUUUAAGUCUAAAGCUUUCAUGAUGUCAUGAGUUCACUGUUUCUCAUGUAAGUUUUGAGUGGUGUCUGAUUUUUUUUUUUUUUUUUGGUGGCUAUAAAUAUCUUCCAUCCACACUCACACAAUCUUAAAUCUUUACUUAGAAAUAUGGAAGUAAUUGUGAAGAAAUAUUUUGGUAAUACUUUUUUAAGAAACAAAGAAUAAACAAAUACUUUUUGUUUGCCUUAAAGAAGCAGUUUUUCAGCUUGUAUUGCUCAGCCUUUACCUUUCUUAGAUGCUUUCAAAGAACAUUUUGUAUACAGUAUACUGUUAAGCCAGCUCAUAUUUGUACCCAGUGAAAGCCUGUCUAUUUCCAAGUAAUAUAUUUGGCCUUAAUUGGCUUACUCUGUAAAGCAGUUGAAUAAAUGUUUUCCCUAGAGAAUUGCA